GUAGAAACAGUUAAGUAGAGAGAGAUACUGUGCUCCCCAUUUUCACUUUCACCGACUUUUCUUCAAAACAAUGAAAUAAGAAAUUCAGCCAAAAAAGUGACAUAAACAACCGACUGACUUGCCUUGUUCUGCAUCACUGAUCACCGCAAGAGCUUUUUCUCAAAAGGGUCUCAAGGAUCUCUGUUUCUAUGCCUUUGAAGCUUCGCCCCGUUUAACGGGUACUUGAUUCUGACAAUUUUAUGUUUCAUUUUUUCUGUUGUUUUUUACAACUCUUUGAUUGCAUGUGUAUGCGGAAGUGCAAUUUUAUCUGGGUUGGAGUUGAAUUGGAUUUUGUUGGCAAUUAAGUUGGCGAAUUUCGUGAGUUCCUGUCCCAAACAGCCUGUUUUUUUUAGUGUUCUGGGCGAAAACUUGAACAUAUGCAUCCAAAGUUGAAUAAAUCUGCUGCAACCGAAGCCAACCAGAAAAAGGCUUUGGAUUCCUCUGUUUGCCCUGAUCCUUGGUGGGAUUCUGUGGGUUUCUCUCCUGCUAUGGUGCGUGGAAGGGGCUCAGAUUCAUCCUCUCUGGAGAAAUCCAUGGAUGAUCAGUCACAAUCUGACAGUAGAACAAAUGACGAAGAUGAUGACAUGUCCAAACAAUCACAAAGUGCUGUAAAUCAAAAUACUGAUGGAAACUAUACUCCUGGGGAAGAUGGCUUCCAUGGGACUAUCGUUCCUCCGCAAAGUACUCAAUUCUUCUCCCCAUCCACACAAUUUGAACUAGUUGGGCAUUCGAUUGCUUGUGCUCCAUCUCCAUAUUUUGUGGACGCCUUUGGGAACGAGUUUGUUCAUCCUGCUCUAGUGGGCAUGCAGCAUGUGAGGAUGCCUCUUCCUCUUGAAAUGGCUCAAGAGCCUGUCUUUGUGAAUGCCAAGCAGUACCAUGGUAUUAUGCGUCGGAGACAGUCACGAGCCAAGGCUGAGCUUGAAAAGAAACUGAUUAAAGUUCGCAAGCCUUAUCUUCAUGAGUCCCGACAUCAGCAUGCCCUCAGAAGGGUAAGGGGUUCUGGUGGACGAUUUAUGAAGAAGGGUACCCCUGCUGGACUUGACUCCGGCAGUUCCGAUGGACAGAAUAGCUCAGAAGGUCCAGCAUGUGAUUUUCCCAAUGGCGGAGAGGGAUGCGCAUCUGACCGACAAUUUGGAAGUAUCCCCUCUAAUUUAUCCAUCUCAUCUUCAUCUGCACCCAACCAUUGCCCACAAAAUGACAGCAAUGCAGAAAUAGUUCCUGAUGGAGGAGAGGGACUCUCCAUACCGUGAUCUACUGGGGUAGCAAAACCCUGUUACUUGCAUCACUCGGGCUUUCUGAAGCUUGGGCGGCAAUUCAUUCUUGGCUCUUCUUUUAUUCUGUAUGCGGUGGAAAUUUGUUGUACUAGGCCAUGUCUCUUGAAAAACUUCAGGUUUCAUGUUCCCAUAUGUUGGUUGUAUAAAGGGAACAGAGAGAUCCCUUUUAGGAUUUGGAGGCGAACUAUAUGACAUUGUUUUAGGACCUGUACAUUUGUAGGCGGUUUGUGGUUUUCUUCUCUUUCUUUUGUUGUUUGUUUCGUACUUAGUUCUGUGAAUCAUCAUGUCUAUAUGUAUCUUCCAAACUAAAUUAAUAUCAAAAUUUGCUCUGGUUGCAGUAAGAUCUUUUCUAUUUUUUCUUUCAGUUGCU